AUGCGAUUCGACCGCGGCCUCCCAUCCGGUGCGGAGGUCUGCAAUUGGGGGGAGGCUCCUCUCCGCCGCUGGAACCGCUGCGGCGUCGCGGCCUGUGCGAGUUUCCUGCCGGUUCCUCGUCCCUCGGGGAGAGAUUUUGCGUUCCUUGGCAUUACUGUUUGGUGGCAGACACAGCAGAAAUCCAUUCGCAGGAGAGAGAGAGAGAAAUCAAAGAGGAGAGUGAUCAUGGAGCAUGUGAUUGGAGGGAAGUAUAAGCUUGGGAGGAAGAUUGGGAGUGGAUCCUUCGGGGAGUUAUAUCUCGGUGUUAAUAUACAGAAUGGAGAGGAAGUGGGAAUAAAAUUGGAGCCUGUGAAAACAAAACAUCCACAGCUGCACUAUGAAUCUAAAGUUUAUAUGCUACUGCAGGGUGGAAAUGGUAUCCCACACCUCAAGUGGUAUGGUGUCGAGGGGGAGUACAAUGUUAUGGUGAUCGAUCUUCUUGGCCCAAGCUUGGAAGAUUUGUUUAAUUGCUGCAAUAGGAAAUUUUCUAUGAAAACAGUGCUUAUGCUUGCUGAUCAACUGAUAAACCGAGUGGAAUACAUGCAUUCCAAGGGAUUUAUUCAUCGUGACAUCAAGCCAGACAACUUCCUUAUGGGCUUAGGUCGGAAAGCUAAUCAGGUCUAUAUCAUUGAUUAUGGGCUUGCUAAGAAAUACAAGGACCUUCAGACUCAUAAACACAUCCCAUACAGGGAGAACAAAAAUCUGACUGGAACAGCACGUUAUGCUAGUGUGAAUACUCAUCUUGGAAUAGAACAAAGCAGGAGAGAUGACCUGGAGUCUGUUGGCUAUCUUCUGCUGUAUUUUUUGAGAGGAAGCCUCCCAUGGCAGGGUCUUAAAGCUGGCACUAAGAAACAAAAGUAUGACAAAAUUAGUGAAAAGAAAAUGCUUACCUCAGCAGAGGUUCUGUGCAAAUUUUACCCAUCGGAGUUCAUCUCGUAUUUCCACUAUUGUCGCUCCCUGCGAUUUGAAGACAGGCCAGAUUACUCUUUUCUGAAGAAACUAUUUCGUGAUGUAUUUAUCCGAGAAGGAUACCAAUUCGAUUAUGUAUUUGACUGGACUGCGCUGAAGUACCCUCAAAUGGGUUCCAACAACAAGCUUGUUCAACAACCAAGUGCAAGAAUGGCUGGAGUUGGACCAUCAGUUGAGAGAACAGACAAAGCUUCCGUGGGACAAGAGAUCCGGGAUAGAUUCACUGGUGCUGUUGAGGCAUUCGCCAGAAGAAAUCCAGGCUCUGGUCGCCAUGGAGAUCAUUCCAGGCACAAAAGCCUUGCAGAUUCCUUUGGAACAUCCAACGAAGCAGUUGCCGACUCAGAGAAAACGCGCAUCUUGUCCCGGGGAGGAGCUUCGUCCAGCCGGCCGACCUCUUCGGGGGACUGCAGUGACCAGAACCGCCGGUGGGUCUCUGGCAGCAGUGGCGGCAGUGGGCGCCCGUCCACCGCGCAGAGGCUCCACCACUCGGGAGGCGCCGAGAACAGCAGGUCGUCCCCGCGCUCCCCCGUGGCCCGGAACGCGGCCGGGAGAGGAGGCUCUGGCUCGCGGGACAACACGACGUUCCGGAGCCUCGAGCGCCUCUCCAUCACCACCAGCAGGAGGAAGUGA